CGACAAGUUAUCAAAAAUUACCUUUGAUGGUAUUCGUCAAUAUACGGCUCAUCUCCAUACCAGUCUAUCACAAAAUCGUCAUUAUACCAAGAUGAUAAAGCCAGCAUUGCAUCGUUUUGAUAGCCAGCUGACAAAACUUUCAAUGAGUACCUCACCUCCAAACAGUGUGAUACUGGAUAUACCUCCAGAAUAUCCUAUUGGAAGUGGUCAAGAUCCAAUCAAGCUCGGAUUCCCACCGUUAUCCUUACGAACAUCCUUGAUAGAUUUGUAUUUUCAGCAUUGCUGGAAUAUGAAUGCAGUGGUUGUCCCCCGGUUAUUCAACAAUAAACUAGCUCAACAUGACCAGGUUUCGCCUCCUCUAGGCCACAGCGACUGGAUUGAUUUUCAAGUUUUACUGUUUAUGAUUCUCGCUAGGGCCGCAAGAACGACGGCUAAUAGGGAGUUCUGUACAAGCCAGAAUAGUUUUUUGGAACAAGGUGGCUGCUUCGCACAGGUUGCGCACACAUUACUGGCGAAAUGUGAGCAUACACCUUCUAUUAAUCUUAUACAAGCGUUAUUGGAAAUGUGCAGCUAUGAACAAAAUGGACCCAAGCGAUUUCGAAACUUCAUGUUUGCAGGCAUGGCCGUCGGGAGUAUGUACAAGCUGGGCUUGCACAAACCACCGGUCGACUCCAAUCUCUCGCCUUUAGAGAUAAAGGAGCGCCAGGUCUUAUUUUGGAUGUGCAACAUGAGAGAUGUGGAAUCCUCACUGAAUCUUCACACUCCAUACAAAGUGGACCUCUCGCAGUGCUCGGUGCCCAUGAUAGAAGUCACUGAAGUUGGAAGAGAAAAGAGAGCAUAUGAAUGGCUGCAAUCGAUAAGUAAGCUUAUCAUGAUCGCUCGACAGUUUUGGGAGAUCCCCAAAAACGAUGGACAACUAAGAAAAAUCAAGCUGAACGACGUUGUAGAGCUAGAACGGCAAAUGACAGCUUGGCUUCAAGAACUGCCUCCUGAUUUACAAUACCGCGGCGGGGCUAAGCGGUCUAUAGAUUGUAUGAGAUUGCAUGUCAACUUUUUUUUCAUCAAACUCAUAACAUAUCAGAUGCUCGCCGAGAAAUUUCGAACCGACCCUGUUCUCAUUGAAGAUGACAUUUUGUUCUUGUACGAACAAUGUAUACUCGCCGCUCACGGGAUUUGUCAGUUGUAUGUUGAAGGUGACAGGGAAUGGCUAUUUUGGCACAACUUCCAUUACAUCGCAAUACUUCAAUGCGUUGAUAUGCAUAUGCGGGAUGUCCGCAUGGCCAUACGCAGAGGAACUGAUAUAGAAGAUGCAUUUUGUUGGCUAACCAAAUCGACACAUCUCCUCUGCGAAGCUCUCAAUGAGCGACCGCUAAUGGAUCAUGAUGAAGCAACUUUAAUUUUCAACGAAGUAUUAAAGUUUUGGGGAGUAGCAGCUACACUCAUCGACGAACCAACGGCUGACUUUAGAGAUACCAAGGAAUUUCUCGAUAUUUGCUUUCCUGAAAAAUCAGACCGCAAGUUCGUUGUCAUCUCAGUAGAGCCGACACAGCAGACAGGAGAUAAAAACGAAGGUUCGAAAGGAAAGAUGGAUCCAGCAGGUGCCACAGAAUCAAACUAUCUGCAUAUGACUCGACGAUUUAUGAAACUUUUAGAAACUGAGGCUACUCACAUCAUAAAAAUGGAGACAUGAAUUAGUUGGUGGCUUAGCCCGACUUCACCUUUUAAAAUUGUGGUCGUUGUCGCGCCGCUUACAAUAAAAAGUUUCUUUUCAACUUACAUGGCAGCAAAGAUGGUCAGAAAGCUAAUUGGUACACACAGCGGCCAUUUCC